CUUGAAUUCAAAUAAAAACAGUCUAAACACCAUUCCUGGAGAUAGCUAAGAACACUACGUCAUCCGUUCUGUGAAUGCAGAAGAUGCAGAUGUGUCCUGGUGUAAGGGAGAGAGAGAGACUAGAGUUCUCUCCCUUUCAAAACCGACAUGGGUGUGAACAGUUCCCCUUUACUUAACGCUUCAUGGAAAGUCUAACCGAUAGAAAUUCAGUACAUAAACAAGUGAGGAAAAAAAACUUUUCCAGUGGCAAGUUUAGCGAUGUACAUAUGAUAGUGCUGAAACAUUUCAGCAAUUGUAGGAAGCCUUCCAAAUCCUACAUGGCCUACCGCUUUCGCACUUUCACGGUUGCUUAGUAACAGCGAAGGACGCGGUCUACUUCCUCAACUUGGAAACGGGGCCGGGGAGUAAACAUGACGUGUAUAACCAGUAAAGGCAGAUAAAAGUGUGGUACUCCUGGUAAUAAUUCGGGUCUUAAGAUACUAAAUACGUAUAUUUCGUAAAAUAUAACAGUACUGGUGGAAAACACGUCAAAGCUGUCCUGGCCUUUAAAGAACUGUUCGUACAAUCUGGAAUAUAUUAAGAAGGUCUUCUGAGUAACUCGCAUUUAAAUCUUAAGAAUGUCAGAGGAAAAGGCAGAGAAGCCGGAAGUUGAAGAAAAUGCAUUUGAGACACUGGAGAAGGACUUUCAAGAAGUCCUCAAUGAGCUCAUGGGAGACAAAAGCCUGGAAAAGUUUCGGUUUGAAUAUGAGAAGCUUCUCAAAGCCCUGAAGAAAUCUCAUGAGGGUGAAAAGAGACUAAUGUCAAAAUGUAGAGAGCUCAAUGCAGAGAUAGUUGCUAAUUCAUCCAAGGUUGCAGCAGCCCUGAAACUUUCUCAAGAUGACCAGUCAACGAUUGCAUCACUAAAACAGGAGAUUGAAAAAGCCUGGAAAAUGGUUGAUGCAGCAUAUGAGAAAGAGCAAAAAGCAAAGGAGACUAUUCAGUCAUUAAAGCAGGAAAUUGGUAACCUGUCUAAGCUGGUGGAACAAGGGGCUGGACUAUCAGCUGGCCAAGAAUACAGUAUUAAUGACUUAAUUAAAAUCAAAGAAGACCUGACUAAAGAACGAGACCAACUACUGUCAGAAGUGGUAAAGUUGCGAGACUCGCUUACAGAGGCUGCAGCCCAGCAGAAAAAGGCAGAGGAUGCGAAGCAGGAAGCCAUUGAGGCUAUUGCCCAGCUCCAGCAGGAUAUUCAGGUACGAAAAAAUGAGUCGUCAAGAGAAACUCGCCGCAAGGAGAAGAUGGAGAAAGAGCUGAAACAGUUGCAAGCUGACUUAGAUGUCAAACAAGUAGAAAUUAAACAACUGCAGCAUCAUCAGCAAAAGAACAAAGAAGAGCAGGCAAAGCUGGAGCAAUUGCUUAAGGAACAGAAAAUCCUUAAUGAGAGAGCAUCAAAGGAGUUGGAACAGAUGCAGAUGAGAAAUACCAAACUGCAGCAAGAUAUUGAGCACCAAGCCCUGAGCUAUGAACAAGUGAUGCAAGAGAAUCAGCAGAGGCAACUGGAUAUCAAAGCCAAGGAAGAAGAAGUAAGUCAGAUGCGUCAGGAAAUUUCUAAGCUAUCAAAGAUGAGGGAAGCAUUGCAAAAGAAACUGCGUCAGGCAGAGGAUCAGAAACUCGAGGUGGAACAGCAGCGGGAGACACUGAAGAAUCAGAUCAGUGGAGUGGAGCGAGAAUUGGAGACUGCUAAAAAGCAAGCAGAACUUGAUAAGAAAGCAAUAGAAGAGCUUGUCAGAGAGAGAGACAUUCUAAAUAAGAACAUGCUCAAGGCUGCUGGAGCCACACAGAAACAGAUUGACUUAGUAAAGCUUCAUGAGCAAUCCAAGAAAAACUUAGAGCAGGAGAUCCAGAAUUAUAAAGAAGAAGCACAGAAACAGAGGAAAAUCAUAUAUCAGCUGGAAAAGGAACGUGACAGAUACAUCAAUGAAGCUAGCGAACUCACUCAGAAGGUCCUCCAGCAUAUGGAAGAUAUCAAAGUUCGAGAAAUGCAGAUCUUUGACUAUAAGAAGAAAAUUGCUGAAGCAGAGACAAAACUGAAACAGCAGCAGAAUCUUUAUGAAGCUGUGAGAUCUGAUAGAAACCUUUACAGCAAAAAUCUGAUUGAAGCCCAGGAUGAGAUCACUGAAAUGAAGAGGAAACUAAAGAUAAUGAACCAUCAGGUUGACCAGCUGAAAGAAGAAAUCUCAUCAAAAGAAACAGCAUUGGUGAAGGAACAUCUGGAUCAUCAGCGUGUAGAAAAGGAAAAGGAAGCAUUAAAGGCAGAACUUCAAAAGAUGAAGCAACAGGCGGAGGAAACUAAGCAAUUCAUUGACAACCAGGAGGCUGAAGAGAGAAGACUACUGAAGAUCAUCAGUGAAGCUGAUGCUGAACGCUUGAGGCAGCAAAAGGAACUGGACCAGGUAAUUGGUGAACGAGACAUUUUGGGCACACAGUUGGUUCGGCGCAAUGAUGAGCUGGCUCUGCUCUAUGAGAAGAUUAAAAUUCAGCAAUCCAUAUUAAAUAAAGGUGAGACACAGUACAGGCAGAGGGUGGAAGACAUACGGCUGCUCAAGCUGGAGAUUAAGAGGCUCAGGAGAGAGAAAGGCAUUCUCAAUAAGAGUGUAAUAAAUGUGGAAGAACUAAGACGGGAAGUCUACCACAUGCAAAGACAGCUGCUAAAAGAGAGAACUCGAUGCAGAGCACUGGAGGAAGAACUAGAAAAUCCUAUGAAUGUGCACCGAUGGAGAAAACUAGAGGCCAGUGAUCCAAGUACAUAUGAACUCAUCCAGAAAAUCCAUACACUGCAAAAACGACUCAUUAGCAAAACAGAGGAAGUGGUCGAAAAAGAGUUGUUGUUACAGGAAAAAGAAAAGCUUUAUGUUGAACUGAAACACAUACUGGCUCGACAGCCUGGCCCUGAGGCAGCAGAACAGAUACAGAUCUACCAGCAGACGUUGAGAGAGAAAACUAAGCAGAUGAAGGUGCUAUCGUCAGAACUGAACAUGUAUGAAUCACAGAACCAGGAAUAUAAGUAUGAGAUUGAGAGAUUAUCAAAUGAACUUCAGAACGUAAAGAAGAAAUACCUCACUCAGAAGCGCAAGGAACAACAGUCCAAGGAGAAGGAAAGAGCUCUUGCACAAGUGGGGCAGUCUCUUAUUCAGCCACAGAGAACAGAUGGCUCACAUAUCACAGGAGGAGGGUUCAAUUUCAAACAUGUUCCUAAAAUUGCAGCCUGAAAUGUUACUCACAUCUAAUUCCCCUCUGUUACUUUUAUUAUUGUAGUCUAAAUAAAUUUCUUCUAUGUAUCUAUCUGGUAUUAAGAAACUGUUCACAACUUGUAGGACCUACUGUUUUCUCCUCAAAAGUGUUAAAGUACAACAGAUUAAGAACAAUGCAAUUGUUCUUUUCUUUCAUUACAGUUUACUGAAAUCUGUUCCAUUGGAUUCCACUGUGUUGAUUAUGAACAUUUUUUACCUUUUCUUUGAUGCCAUUGUUGCUCCAGCUGAUACCCAUCUUAAAAAUUAAGACAAUGAACAUACUUAUAUUCUACUUUUGUUACAUUUAGAUACAAACUCAAUAUUUGCCAUUAAGCAGAACACUUCACUAUAAAAUGUUAGGGGUUAGGAAUGCAUUUUAGACAUUUAUUUUGCUCACCUAGAGGUAUUUUUAACUUUCUGAGAUUGUUUUGCUUUAGUAGAGAUAUUUUAACUUUCUACAUUUUUUAAACAUUGGCUAUAAUGAAUAUUAUCUUUAAUAAUGUUUGACAAUUCAUAGAACUGAUUUAAUUUGUUGUGAAGGUGCUCCAGUCUGCAGAUAUAAAAAACACAAUGGUAUGUUGUCACAUGUUCUUGAUAGUUGACAACACAGCAGAGACGUUGAAAUCCUGUUCUUCCAUAAUAUGAUGGCACAAACACACUCUCAAAAUGUGCACACCUGUACACAGUACAUGAAUGCACAUGCAUUUAUAUAUUUCUAUGCAUAUAUUUAAUAAUGAAGCAUUACAGAAAAUUCAACAGUCUUAUUUUUUUUUGAAUAAAGGGUCAUACAUCAGACUAUCACUUGCAUAGUCAGUGCCAGAACAUUUUGAUUAAUAAUACAAUAUUUGUUUCUGUUUUUUUUUUUUUUAAUGUUGAGCACUUAAGGCACUAUAGCUGACAAAAGAAGUCAGGAUAUGAUGAUCAGUUUACUUUACCCCCCCCAAUUAGCUUUGACAAAACCGUAUUUUAGAAGAAAGAUUGCGUAAUUCUGUAGUAUUAGUUAUUAUUGUUAACAGUGUCCUAAAGCAUCUUAGCCAGUUAGAACCUUAUGAUUUUUAGUUUACGUAUGUUAACUGUUGCACCUGCAUUGUACAUUAGGGUGUGCUGCUUUUCAGUUUCAAGUUACUGAAAGCUUUACCCUGGUAAUAUAAUAUUUUACUUUGAAGUCUUCUAACAGAAUGGUUAUUACAACUACUGGAAUCUAAUGAGAAUACAUCACAGUGGAGGAGCUCUCUAGCAGGUCCACAACUAUAGUUGACUAGUGAUGGAAUUUCAUUCAAACUCUCCUUCUGUUAGAAGGUCUGUAGAUUAAAUAAGCAGUAAGUGUAAGUUUAUUCAGCUUAGUCAUAUAUAAUACUCUAUAGGUUCAUAGUUCAUAGAUUCAUAGGUAGGUACUAGGCUAUUGGCCCUAGGGCCUAUAUA